AUGAGAACUUCCACUGAAGGAAAAAAUAUUGUAGAAAAAUAUAUUGUAAAUACACUUCAUCAAACCGAAAAUCUAAUUAUUGCAAUUAUAUUCAGACGUCUCAAGUUGGAUAUGGAUCAAUGGGAUCAAUCACAGAAAUAUUUUGAACGUUUGUCAAUCGAUUCGAAUGAUAUAGAUCAAACAUGGACAGGACAUAGUCUUGGUGAAGUUCAUCGUUUGAAAGGAGAAUGGAUUGUGACGCGUAAAUAUUAUGAUCGAACUUACAAUCGCAUGAUGAAUCCGAAACAACUGUGUAUCAAAGACUCAGCUCAGAUACUUUCCGACGUAGGAAAGAUUCUCUUUGCAGAAAUCAAGUUCGAGGAAGCCAUGGAUUUUCAUCAACGAGCAUUUACAAUACGAAAGUAA